ACGGGGGCGGGGAAGGAAGAUGGCGGCCCCCAGCAGCCGGUGAGGAGAGAGGAGGACACGGGGAUCCCGGGGAGCGGCCGGACUCUUGCGUUAUGGCCGCAUCCCCGCACACUCUUUCCUCACGCCUCCUGACAGGUUGGGUAGGAGGAUGUGUCUGGUAUCUACAAAGAAGAGCUAUGCAGGAAUCCCCUCACACAUUCGUGCAUCUUUUCAGGAAUGUCAAUAAGCAGUGGAUUACAUUUCAGCACUUGUCCUUCCUCAGGCGCAUGUAUGUCACACAACUGAACAGGAGCCUCAACCAGCAAGUAAAACGGAAGCCAGACCCUGUGGCAUCUCCUUUCCUUGAGAAAACAUCUUUGGGUCAAGCCAAAGCAGAAAUCUGUGAAAUGAGACCUCUUCCACCCCCCAGCCUACCGUUAUCCAGAAAGCCAAAUGAAAAAGAAUUGCUCGAACUGGAAUCAGCCUCCAUAAUUGAAGGCUCACUAGAUGCGGGGAAAGAGAUGAAGGAUGAAAAGCACUGGAAAGAGAUGAAGUUGCAGCUGGAUGAUUUGCCAGGAAUUUUGGCACGGCUGUCCAAAAUCAAACUCACAGCUCUGGUCGUCAGCACCACUUCGGCCGGAUUUGCACUGGCCCCAGGACCUUUUGACUGGCCCUGCUUUCUGCUUACUUCUCUGGGCACAGGCCUUGCAUCCUGUGCAGCCAACUCCAUCAAUCAGUUUUUUGAGGUGCCGUUUGAUUCAAACAUGAAUAGGACAAAGAACAGACCUCUCGUUCGUGGACAAAUCAGCCCUUUGCUAGCUGUGACCUUUGCCACUUGCUGUGCUGUUCCAGGAGUCGCCCUCCUGACCUGGGGGGUGAACCCGCUCACGGGAGCCCUGGGGGUCUUCAACAUUUUCCUGUAUACUUGCUGCUACACGCCGUUGAAGAGGAUCAGCAUCGCCAACACGUGGGUGGGCGCCGUGGUCGGGGCCGUCCCGCCCGUCAUGGGCUGGACGGCAGCUACUGGCAGCCUCGACGCCGGAGCCUUUCUCCUGGGAGGGAUCCUCUACUCGUGGCAGUUCCCCCAUUUCAACGCCCUGAGCUGGGGCCUCCGUGAAGACUACUCCCGCGGCGGCUACUGCAUGAUGUCGGUCACGCACCCGGCCCUGUGCCGGCGCGUCGCUCUGCGCCACUGCCUGGCCUUGAUCGGACUGGCGACGGCGGCGCCCGUCCUCCAGGUCACCACGUGGACCUUCCCCGUCAUCUCCCUCCCCAUCAACCUGUACAUUUCCUACCUCGGCUUCCGGUUCUACACGGACGCGGACCGGAAGAGCUCCCGGAAGCUGUUCUUCUGCAGCCUGUGGCACCUGCCCUUGCUUCUGCUGCUCAUGCUCACCUGCAAGCGGCCCCCGGCUGCGGGCGGUGCGGGGGGAGAGCCUCGGACUUGAAAUCCCCGGGGGCGUGUGGGGGAAAAAAACCAAAACCAAAAAACGCGUACAGGGAGACGCACAUUGUUUUUUUCUUUUCCCUUUGCGGUGAGAAGAAUAUUUUGGUAAUUCUGGAGCUCCAGAAAGGGAAAUUCCUGGGUUUUAGUACAAGAUCGUAAAAUGAUUUGGUGCUCGGUGAUCGCCCAAUGAUUUUUUUUUUUUUUUAAUAAUAACGUCCAAAAUGCUCCCCAAAUAAGAAAUAGGUUGGCUCAGGUGAUGAAUACAAAGAGAAUCUUUUUCCCUCGAGGAGUCUUUAUAUAUUUGUUCCUCCAACACCUCUGUUGUUUUUCUUCCUCCUGUGGAUGUACAAGUGCACCUCUUCCUUUUCUGGCCACACACGCACACACGCACACGCGCGCACACUCCCCACCUGGCCAGAUGCCUGGAGCACUGGGACUCUGUCUGUGGUCCUCUCCUCAGGUCCUUGGAGGGCCACGUCGGAGGCCAUGCGCACUGCCCACCCUCCCUGUGACUGAGCCAGGGGCCCCGGCGCCAGCUUUUUCUCAGAUAUAUUCUCAGCCACAUAUUCCCCCAAAACAAUAAUAGAAUACCAAGGAUGCACUGCUGCUGGACUUUCGAAGGGAGAAUUCCAAACGGUUGCCUAGGGGACCUCGGGCAGGACCGCCAGCCCCCCGGCCCACCCCCAUUACGUAUCCGCAUUUCAACAACUCCGAGGAAUCAAAGGCAUCUUUAUAGUUCACUUGAAAUACAGGAGGCGUCUGGAGCAUUUCCUUCUGGAAGGGUGGCGCCAGACUUCACAGCAGCGGUCCAUCUGCCUCUGACCUGUUACUGUCCCCCUCCGGCCACCGCUGCCCACCGGGCAGGGAAAGCCCAAAAAAGGUGAGCCGGCCUAACCAGCCACGUAGCUCACAUAGUUCUUGUCCCUUUGGUGAAAAACACAUUUCUCUCCAGGUACCUUCUGAAUUCAGAAAUCAGCCCCCACGCGUCCAAUGGCCAUAAGAGCCAGAGGCUUGGGCUGGACUCCUGGUGGGGGUGCAUCCGGUUCCGGGAGUUGUGCGAGUUAACCUGUAGCCAGGUGUGGCCUCAGUCACCUGUGGUUCCUUCCAUCCGUCCUUCACCUACGCCACUAGUCUGCUGUCGAACCCCACUUGCUGGAAGGUCUUGAUGCUUAACAGGAUGUUUGCAUUACUCCAUCUCCAGGGCACUGUACUGCCCCGUAGGAACUCAUUUCGGGGAGUUUAAGCAACAUUCAGACGGUCCUGCAAUGUGCCUGUUCUCAGAAAUUUCUGAAGCGACUGCAGAGACCCUCUGACCCCUGUUUCUACUUAUCUGCAAUAUUACCUCUUGGCUGUAUCCAGCUUCUUGACUGUGGGGAACAUGGCAUAGGAAUGUCUGCAAAGAACAUCAACACCUUGUUGCAGGCUUCAAAUUUGUAAAAUGCCCCCAUUCUCUUCUCCUGCCCCAAUAAACCGGUAUGUAAGAACA